CCGGGGCCGUGCACGGGCCGUGCACGUGCAGAAGCGGUUAGGCUUCUUACUCAGAAGCGGAGCGGGUGAGGUGGUUGCGAUUCUUGCUCAGGACUUGUGGAAAUGCGCAUGUACAGGGCCAUUAGAGCCUAGACAUUGGAUAAAAGAGGUUGCUUGGCGUUCAUUGAAAGUCAGAGAGAUCAAAGGGGCCUGAGAUUCUGCCCGGUGAGGACCGGAAACCGGACGGUCGGAGGAGUCACAGGGCUGCCAUGCCAGGCAUCUUUGGCAGCUCAGUGCCCAAGCUCCACAAGGCUGCCCGCAAGGGCGACAAGGCCAAGGUGGAGCGUCUCCUCCAGAAAUGGAACACGGUUUACAGAGACAGCAAGCAAAGGACUGCUCUGCAUUAUGCCAGUGCCUAUGGCCAUCCAGAAGUGGUGAGACUCCUGAUACAGAAAAAGUUUGACCUUAAUGCCUGGGACAGUGACCAUGACACCGCUCUGAUUAAGGCUGUAAAAUGCUACGAGGAAGACUGUGUUAGUAUUCUCUUGGAACAUGGUGCAAAUCCAAAUAUUGCCAAUACCAAGGGCGACACUGCUCUGCAUUAUGCAGUUUACAGUUCAAAGUCUUCACUAACAGCAAAACUGCUUUCGCAUGGUGCCGAUGCUGAGGCAAAAAACAAGGAAGGCCUCACACCACUUAUGCUUGCUCUAAGGGAAAACAGAAUGGAAGCGGCAGCAUUGUUAAAAAAGACAGAAACAAAGAAUGUGGUGAAUGAGCCGGAAAGCUCUUGCAGCAAACCCAGUCCUGUUAAUUACCAGGCUACAUCAGGUGACACUGCUUUCCCUCUGGAUAACAAGAAACAAGCAGAAAUGUCAAAAGUUACAGCGCGGAAAAAGGAUACGGUGUUUGCACCAGGAGUACAGAAAGCUGGUGAAUUGCCUUGGGAUUCUGAGAAGCCUGUCGAUCCUUUUUCUGGGAAAGCAGAUGAUGGAGGAAAACAGGCAGGAAAUAGAAAAAGAAAAGAAUCACCUGACACACAUCUUCCCUUGAAGCCUGCUGUGGAAACAAAAGAUUCUGAUGGGAAGAAAGCAGUAAGAGUGAAGGAUGCACUGCCACCUCAACCAGAUUGGUGUUUGGCCUCCUGUUAUGAGACUGCUGAGAAAUCAGAGAAUUUGAAAUCUGAUGAUAAACAACCACUUGCAACAUUACCAGAAUCUGACUGUGCCCAGAAGAACUUGUCCAGUGGGGACCCGGGACCAUCGAGGCCUGUGGGCCUUCUGAAAAACUGCAAGGUUGCAUUGCAAAGCAUCUUUGGUGAGCCAAUGCCCAAGAUUCACAAGGCUGCCCGUAAGGGCAACAAGGACCGGGUGCAGUUUCUCAUCACAGCAGGCCAUGUCCAUGACAGAGACAGAGAACGCAGGACUGCUCUGCAUUAUGCCAGUGCCUAUGGCCAUCCAGAAGUGGUGACUCUCUUGGUAAAGAGCAAGUGUGAUAUUAAUGCCUGUGACAGUGACUAUGACACCGCUCUGAUUAAGGCUGUAAAAUGCUACGAGGAAGGCUGUGCUAGUAUUCUCUUGGAGCAUGGUGCAAAUCUAAAUAUUGCCAAUGCCAAGGGCGACACUGCUCUGCAUCUUUCGGUAUUUCAUCCAAAGUCUUCACUAACAGCAAAACUGCUUUCGCAUGGUGCCGAUGCUGAGGCAAAAAACAAGGAAGGCCUCACACCACUUAUGCUUGCUCUAAGGGAAAACAGAAUGGAAGCAGCAGCAUUGUUAAAAAAGACAGAAACAAAGAAUGUGGUGAAUGAGCCGGAAAGAAAAAAUUCUCAAUGUGAAAAAAAGGAAUCUUCAAAUUCUGACAAUAGCCCUGCAGUGGUUGCAAGUGAAUCUGAGACUUCUUUAACACCAGAGGUUGCAAUUAAAAUGGAGGCUCCAUCCAUGCCAGAGCCUCAACCUAUUCUUGUGGCUCCAUUCAGGCCAGGCAAGUGCGCUAUCACUGAGGUGUAUCCUUUACACUACGAAGUUUGCUUUUUUAUAUCAGGUUUAAGUUCACUGCAAAAUUGAAAGGAAGCUCCAGAGAUUUGCAGUUGAUCAUGUGCCUCUCACACAUAAGUUGCCUCCUUCCAUGGCCAGUGCUCUCCCCUAGAGUAGUACACUUGUGAUAGAUGAUGACUUACCAUGAGUCUACCCUUAUCCUUAAAAUCUGAAUCUGCGGUUAAUGUUAGGGUUCACUGUUAGUGUUCUCCAUCUGAUGGGUCUAACAAAUGUGUAGGGUAUUUACUGUUGCAUUUAUGUUUGUUCUUAAUUGUUUGUUAAUACUCCAUAUUCAGAAGAAUUUAGGAGAUGAUUAUAGGAAAUUUUUAAUCCAAAUGUUACACUUCUUUAAUUUCUACUUCUGAA